GUUAGUUGGGCGGUUGCUUCGUGACGGACUCUACCUUGAAGCGGUGCAGUGCUAUGUACAGGGAUCCUCCGCGCUCUGACGAGGACCGCCGGCUUUUCCUGGCCGUGCUGCAGUCGGGUUUGGAUCACGUGAUCCGCACGAGCCCCUCCCUCUUCCCGUCUCUCCUUCAAAGCCUCUGUCCUCGGUUCGGGCUGGACGAGGGAGUCCUCCUGGUGCUGGGGAAGAUGUUUCUCCGUCGGGAAAUGCACGCAGAAGCCGAGUACUUUCUGCAAAAGGUAUUGAGUGAAGUGAAUCCAGUGUGCCUGAUAGCCAGAGAAAAUCUGAGGAUGCUGUAUGAAAUGGUCGUUCCGAGGUGGCAUUUUCACAUGCUCAACGACUUGGUUCGAAACUCGUCCUAUUCCAGAGCCAUCUCCGAAGCCAUCGCCCGCAUUCCAGACUGCAGUGUCCUUGAUAUUGGUUCUGGAACUGGACUCUUGAGCAUGUUAGCUGUCAGAUCUGGUGCCUCGAGAGUGUACGCUUGUGAAAUGGAUGCUACCAUGGCAACAAUGUCGCAUGACAUCAUAGCAGCCAAUGGAAUGGCGGACAGAAUUUCAAUAAUCAACAAGAUGUCUGGCGACCUAGAAAUACCGCAGGACAUUCCUGAAAGGGUGUGUCUGGUUGUCACGGAGACGGUGGAUGCAGGGCUACUGGGAGAAGCCAUAGUAAGGACAAUCAGAGGAGCCUGGUCACGACUGCUGUUGCCAAAGCAACCGAGUGGGUCCAAUGAGAUUGCUCGGUGUGGUCAUGUGAUACCAUGUGGUGCGACUGUCUACUUGAUGGCAAUUGAGUGUCCAUAUAUUGCCCGGACAAGCAAACUUGUUUCAGAUGAAGUGGGUGGUCUUAGUUUCCGUGGGAUUGCUCUCGAAGGCAGCUGCAAGGGCUCCAGUGAGGGAACGGAGGUGGGGGACAAGUGGACUGUGGAAAUGAGCAAUGGAGGAAGGGGAGGAAGGGCGGGUGAGAGAGUGGGGAGGGUGUGGAGAGGGGAGAGGGGGAGAGAGAACAGCGGAUUGUCAAAAGAACCCUACACAUGCGAGAGACUCAGUUCUAUCGACGGAGGAUACUCUGAAUUGAGCAGAGUUCAUAGAGCACUAUCUCUUGACUUUUCUGACCCUGAGGUUCCACUUUCAUCUGUGAACUUAGUUGUUCCCAUGGUAAGGGCAGGAUGUUUGGACGCCGUGGCAACGUACUACGACCUCCACCUGGACCCCACCAUCACGAUAAGCACAUAUCCUCACGACAACCAAAACUGCUGCUGGGAACAGGCCGUGUAUCCCGUGACGACCUCGGGAGAUGGGUGUGAGGGAGGAGGGAGAAUAUCAGUUGCUGAGGGGGACACUGUCCAUCUUACGGCAAUUUGCACCGAUUCUCUGCUGCAUGUGAUGGUGACCAAGAUUGAGAGGGGGAAUAUGGGCCGUCCCGCUUCAGGAUCGUCCACUGGCAAAGUGAAUAUGGACCGUCCUGUUUCAGGAUCGUCCGUUGGCAAAGGGAAUAUGGACCGUCCUGUUUCAGGAUCGUCCGUCGGCAAAGGGAAUAUGGGCCGUCCUGUUUCAGGAUCGUCCACUGGCAAACAGGACGUUGCCUGUGCUGUUUCGGGAUUGUCCCUUGGAGAUGUCGACUGUCCCAUUUCAGGAUCGUCCAGUGUCCAUUUCGUGGAUAGAGGUGCAGUAUUUAGACUGAACGAUGCUGGAUAUCAUGAAGUAUACUCGGAAGCUAUAUCCCACGCCUUAAGACUGUUGCGGGAGAGCAAAAGUGAAAGUGAAUCCAGUGACAUUGCUGCAGACCCCAACAACCCUAAUACAACAGGUGUGAACUGUGAGGUGAAAUCUGAUGACGAGAGGUCAACUGAUGAAGAUGGAGACAUUGCAGAGAUAAUUGCCAUGGAUUUGAGCCACGAACUCUCCAUAUUUGGUCUUAUGGCUGCUAACAUAGGAGUUGAUUUUGUCCAAAUUGGAAGAUGUCAUGAUAUCUAUACGUCACUCGUGGAAGCGGUUGCCAGGAAGAACGGUCUCCAAGAGAAAACAUCCAUCAAGUGGGCGGAGCUUGAGUCGACCUUUGAACCCAGUCUACUGUGGGAUAUAGUUCUGUGUGAUGUAGUUAGUCCUCAGGGAAUUCUGAGACCUAUGGUCUUUGAAGAAAUUGGAUCUGUCAGGGAGUGUCAGUCUCAUUCCGAUACCGUCAUUCUCCCGGGGCGAGUGGCGGUCCAUUCCGUCGCCAUUUCUUCCCCGGACCUCCGUGCGCAGACAACAGUUCUCGGUUCGGUACCAACACUGGGGCUGGACAUUGCUCGCUUCAUCAACAAGUACCAGGUGAUCCACUACAUUGACCUCGACCUCAGUUCACUGGCUCAUGACAGACUGACAGAAGAUACUGAACUACUCUCCAUUGAUUUGAUUCUCUCUCGAACACACCUUUCAAAGUAUGAGGAGAGAGAGGUGAGUGUGGAGGUGACUAGUUCUGGAAGUCUGACUGGGUUUCUCUAUUGGUUCUCACUGCACUUCCCUAAUGGAGCUACCAUAUCCACUGCUGGCUCUCAACACUCUGGACAGCUUGCUGGGAGGCACUGGCACCAGGCAGUGUUCUGUCUACAAGAAGACGUGCCUCUCGUCAAAGGACAGACUCUAUCUCUCAGAGCUCUCGUAUCUGACAGUCUCCUGGACCUAUCCCUCUCCAGGGUUCAGUGAUCUCUCUCUCACCUACCUCCACGCUGAUUCUCUCUCUACUCUCUUAUUUUUCUCCACUGAGGACUGAUUCUUUCCCUUUUAGGCGAACUCUGUUUUUCCAUGAGAGACCAGAAAACAGUGUCUCUUUCUCUCUCCCUUCCCCCUCUCACACUCUAGUAUAUAGCUCUAUUCAGCCACUUUUCAUA